CAUGUCUUUGUCACCUUGCGUUGGUGGGGCUUGUCGCCUUCAGUGAAGAAAAGAAGCUCCAGGUGCGAAGUUCGUUCCCUCCCUGACUCCUACCACCGACAAGAUGCUCGCCCGCCAGACUGCCCGCAUUGCCCGCCAGACCCGCGCCUACUCCGGCCUUGUGAACAAGGAGAGCCACGUCGCUGCCGACCAGAAGCUCUUCAACACGGUCAAGCGCCCCACCUACAUUAAGCGCGAUUCGGACAUCCCCCUCCUCACGGGCAUGUUCGUCGGCCUGGGCGUCGGUUUCGCGCAGAUUAUCCGCGGUGAGGUCUGCAUGGCCACGGGAUCUGGCAAAAAGGAGUAAGCAACCAGUACAGCAAGGACGUUGGUGCGAUCGACAUGAAGAACGAGGUGUAAGUUGCCAGUUCAGGCGGCUCCUCUUUCGAGACAGGAAGUCGACGUUUUUGACGGCCCCUUGCGCUCGUCUCUCCUCUAUAAGGUUCUACGAAAGCCUACCUACACCGCCAGAAGGAAUCAAAGUUUGUCUGCAUUUAUCACCAUUUCUUGUGUCGCCCGUUGCCUACUCUGCGUAAAUUCUUAAGUGGUCCACUUCACAUUCCUCUUUAAAA